ACUUAGCUUAUGGCUAUUGUUCUCAAAGAAAAAGGUUUUGACAUGUUUUGAAAAUUCUCAAAAACUUUGUUCUCUUACAGUUUGUAGGUUAUCAUUACUUGUUAAAUCGUAAUGACAGCAUUGGCCCGUUGCUUUUGAUCUAUAUAUUGGAUAUCUGAAUGUGUUCAUUGUGCUUUUGGAAUAAGGGCACACAAUGAAUGGUCUCAAUGUUAUGAACUUGUCACUCCCAAUGAAAUUGAACAAGCAGUUUCUUCUGUUGAAUGCUGGAAACUUAGAACUCAUUUUCUCUGCCAACUUUCCUGAUGGUGGUGGAUGACGCAAAAUAGUGUCCUUUUCUGCUGGCUAUUUCUGCAGUGCUAGCGUAUAACAGUAUUUCUUAAUUCUUGAGUGAUAGGAAUGAGUUAAUUAUGGUCUUCUGUUGAUUUGUUCCAUAAACAGGGGUAAAGUUAAUUUUGUACUCUUGGAACUCAUUCUAGUGUAGAUAAUUACAUAUGGAAGCCACUGGAUUAAUUGUCAUCAAGAUCAUUUGGUUAUUGUUGUGAUGUACAUGUACUAUAUUUUUUCUUGCCAACCGGCAUUUUAUUAUGGAUCCAGCUGACAUUGAUAUAUUUCAAUACUGUUGUAGAUUACAAGGCAAUGCGCAAAGGAAGAAGCUGCUUAUACUUGAUCAGUAACAAGACCAAGGCUGUCUGUUCUUGUAGGAGAAAUCAUUCCAAGGACUUCCACUAUCUGAUGGGAUGCAGGAAAGAUAGCAAAGACAGAUCAAUAUAAUUUGACGAGCCUCAUUCACCAUUGGUAUCCAUCACCAUGAAACCAUCAAGCACCAUCACACAUUGAAAAUAAUCAAGCAUUCCACAGGUGAUUAAUUUCAAUGCUUGCACUUGUUGGAGCAAGGGAAGCCCUUGUUCAAGCACAGACGUGCCACCGUGGUAUAAUGCCGCUCAAGUCUCUGGCCAGGCCAAGGCUUUCUCCAGUUACCAUGACCGAAAAAGAAACCAAUACACACGACGGUCUAAUACCCGGUUUGCCGGAAGACAUGGCGAAGAUAUGCCUCGCUCUCGUCCCUCGGAGACACUUCCCUGCCAUGGGUGCAGUGUCCAGGAGGUGGAUGUCAUACAUCGGCAGUAGAGAGUUCAGUGCUGUCAGGAAGGAGGUUAGGAAGAUUGAAGAGUUGGUCUAUGUGCUUGCUGCUGAAGCUGGAGAAAAAGGGUGUCGCUGGGAGGUCUUGGGGGAGCGCAAAAACAGUGCAAUUCCCCCUAUGCCUGGGCUGGCCAAAGUUGGGUUCGGUGUGGUGGUUCUUUAUGGGAAGUUGUGUGUCAUUGCUGGCUAUGCUGCUCUUCAUGGGAAGGACUCUGUUUCUGACGAGGUUUACCAGUAUGAUGCUCGGCUUAACAGUGCUCUUAUGAAUGUUCAUAUGCAUCGGUGGGGCGCACUUGCCAAGAUGAAUGUUGCGCGUCGCGACUUCGCCUGCGCCGAGGUCGACGGCACGAUAUACGCUGCCGGUGGAUUCGGCUGCAGCGGCCACAGUCUGUCCAGCGUGGAAGCAUACGAUCCGCAGCAAAACAGAUGGAGGCUGAUCGACGGCCUCCGCAGGCCAAGGUGGGGCUGCUUCGCAUGUGGGUUGGACAGCAAGCUGUACAUAAUGGGCGGCCGCUCGAGCUUCACGAUCGGCAACUCCCGCUUCGUCGACGUCUACGAUCCCGGCCGCGACCGCUGGGAGGAGAUCAAGAGAGGCUGCGUCAUGGCCACCUCGCACGCGGUUGUCGGCGAGACCUUGUUCUGCGUCGAGUGGAAGAACCAGCGCUGCCUCUCGGCGUUCAGCCCUUCGGACGGUUCUUGGAAGAAGAUUCCGGUGCCGCUCACCGGCAGUUCAAGCACCAGGUUCUGCCUUGGGGCGCGCGGCGGGAAGCUGCUGCUGCUGUCGCAGGAGGAAGAGGGUGGGUAUCAGACGAUGACGUACGAUCCGGCUGCGGCGCCGGGUUCUGAGUGGGGGACGUCGGAGCUGAAGCCGUCGGGGUUGUGCCUGUGCAGUGUGACCAUUCAGGUUUGAUGGUUCGCCGAGGCCUAUAGUUUUUUUUUUUCGAUUAUUAGGGGCCUACAGCUUCUUUGGCCUAGAUUGGCUUGUAUAUAUCCACGUGUUCUACUGCCUGCCUAUCUGUUCAUCUGGUCCAUUUAGUUAAAACUGGUGUGCAUAUGGAA